AUGGACUCCGCAGGAAUCCUUCGGCGCAUCGCCGCAGUCGGUUCAAACCUGGCGGCUAUAGGCGAGCAGGCGCAGUUCGCCUCGGUGUCGCGCUCGCAAUCGGCGCAGCUCAUCCGGGAGCUCAAGAUGGCGAGGUUGCCGCCAGAGGAGCUUCAACCGAUUUUGGGUGCGAUCGCGGAGUCACGUUUUCUCGAAUGCGACAGGGCGAGCAUCAACGCCGCCAUUUCGCAGCUGGUUUCUGCCGAUGGCGAUCAUUGCAUUGCCAUCGCGAACUACCAGGAGUGGGAGACGCUCACCGAGUUCUUGCCCCAGUCAAUGUGGGAUUCCCUGCCUUCAGGAAAUCCAAACAUACUGUUCGACUUUCUGAUUGACCUGGGGCUGCGCAAAGCUUCGGAGCCGACGAAGCACGCGAUGGCCUGCCUGCUCCUGCAAGCAGGGAAAGGGCUUGAAGGCGCUCUUCAGAUCGACGCUGACACCAGGACACAGUCGGCGUUGGCAGUCGGCACGCUGUUCGCACAGAGGGCAGCUAAGAAGACGCUGCCAGUUCCUGUCAUCACGAAGUUGCCAGCGGCGCCGAUGAUUCUUCAGAUCGAGCAUUCCGCUGUGUACAUGCGGGCGUACAGUUUGCAGCAGCCGAAACGCUUCGAUCUCGACCCCGUCCAAUGGAGUGUCCUCAAGAAGGCCGCCAAACAUGCGCCAGCGCACAGGUCGGGCUGCAACUACGGGCGCCCCGAAGAGCAGCGGGAUGCAUCGGGCUCCCUCGAGACAG